UAUGAAUCAAGUUAAUUAAAAAAGGGCAGAAUCAUGACGGAUCUAAAUGUUGAAGUGCCGUACAGACUGUUAAAGAACUUAAUGUCAUUAGCAGCUAUGGAAGAACAUAGCAUGCUGAAACUAGCCGGAUUAACUCUUCUGCAAGAAUUUCUCAAAAAUGACCCCAAGGGCGAGGUCAAACUGUCAUUUUUGCAGCAGGGAAUCUUAGAAUCGUUGCUAUUGACUUUUGACAAGGGCUUUGACAACCCCAGAGACCUGGUGUAUCUAGAUGUGUCUUUGAAUUGCAUCUUCUUCCUCUCAGAGCUUCCAGUGAGCCCAGUCCAACCACUCAUCUGUGAGCAAGUGAUAAAAAGAAUGAUACAGCUAAUUGACCAAAAAGGGGCCUUUUACCAUUACUUACCCAGUGUUAAAUUAAAUCUUCAGAAGAUGUGUGAAAAUAAACAUUUGAUUGGUCGAGUUUACACAAAUAACUUAAAAACUGACCAGUGGGAUGGAGUAUAUGGGACAAUCAAAGAUCAGCUGUCAUCCCUUCCUUCUCUGCCAGAAAAUGUGUAUGUAUGUGAUGUUGUUGAUUCGGGGGGUUACGAAGGAGGACUGAACAUCAGGGAACAUCUUCUGAGUAGGAACUUAGCCUGGGCUGAUACUAAAUUUGUCAGACCUAGCAAAACAGAUGAUGAUGAGGAUUGGAAAGACAUAUUAAUCACCCAUGUUGUAGAAGGACCCGUUUUCUGGGCACAGAUAGGGAUAGAUACCAUUCAGAAUGCUCAGAAGAUCCAAGCCAUACUGAAUGUGUAUUGGAAAAAUGGAGCACUAGAAAAUUACAAAUGUAUAAAGGGGGACAAUGUGGUGGUCCUGCAGGUCAUCAACAAUGAGGUUUCUCCAAUUCGGGUCACAGUGAAGGAAGUGAACGCAAGGGGAGUUCAUGCAUGGGCUCUUGACUUUGGACAGAUGCUAACUGUGGACAGAAAGAAUGUAUUUGUUUUACCGUGUGAGGUUCAGCUGGACGUUUUUCCUCCACAGGCCUCUCUGUGCUGUAUUGAUGGUCUACAGCAGCCCCCAUAUAGUGAGACGGCUGUGGGGACUGGGUUAGCCAUACUGUGUAACCUUGUCAAACGGUCCUUUCCAGCAGGGCACCUGCUUCAGCAGUUGGGUGGAUUAGAGGUGUGUUUAUCUUUCCUGAAGACCUGUCCUAAUGUGGAAUUAAAACUACAGACCUGUCAGUUACUGUGUAACCUCUCCUGUAUCCCAGCCAUCUCCAGCAAAUGUGCAGAGAACCAGUUUAUCCCUGUUAUGAUUGACUGUUUACAGGAGUACUUUGAAAUGAAACCUUCCACAAAAAAGAAUGAACUCCUGUUGGCCUGUCUUAGAACACUGUGCAAUCUGAUGCAUUAUAAUGAUGUUAACAGGUCCAUAUUUUACCAGUUCCAAGGUAUGGAAGCUGUGUUAAAGGUCUCCUUGUUGAAUGGUAGAAAUCACAGUGUAUAUAAGGCAGCUACCAAAUGCAUCAAAAUGUUUAUCUGCAAGGCACUGGAGAGGAAUAUAAAGGAUAAUGUGAUAAAGAAACAGCCUAGCUUUGAGAAAGGAGAGAAAUUAAAACUAAGUCGGGAUACCCCAUUGGUUAUGUCGAAAGUCAUUGAAGAAAAGGAUGAAAACAGCAAGUUUAUAUGGAAACCAAAAGCUAUAGAGAAGGUUGUGGAUGAGUCCAGAUUUCAGGAGGUUGAGAGCAGUGAUGAUGAGCUUACGAACCACCCAGUCUCUUUGUUCCACUCCCAGCUGAAAGAACAAGCCCAGCUGUCUACAGAUAGACCUGCUGUAGCUGUUGAUGUAGCAGAUGUAUACAGAAGUUCUCAACAGAAAGAGGUCUUUGUAUUAGGUUCUACUGUGUCCAUUCAGAACAGCCCCACCAAUGAAUUGAGGCCAAACAAGACCAUCCAGACAAUUUCUGUGAACACAGUUGUUCAGCAUGUGUGUGGGAUGCUGAAUAGUGGAAAAGGAGGCAACAUAUAUUUUGGAUUGUCUACCACUGGAAAGGUUAUCGGGAUGAACUUUACCCGUGACGAUCGGGACGAGUUUCGUCUGGGUGUAGACAAGAUGAUGACGGAUCGUCUAUGCCCCUGUCUCCUUCACUCCUGUUUUGACGUGGUUUAUAUACCUGUUGUACAAAAGCCAGAAUCAGAGGAUGAUGGGUCACAAGAGUUAAUGAACAUUCCAGACCUGUUUGUUGGAAAGAUAGUUCUUACUCCAUCAAAAGGCACCUUUUACACAGUGACACCUGAGGAAGAUUGUUACUACAGGUUUGGGUCCCGUACAACCGCCCUCACUAUCCAGGAACUACGACACUUGAUCAUACUGGAAGAAGAAGAGGAAUUUCGGGAUAAGAUAAAAAAAUUAAAGGCAGAAUUAAAAUCUCUGCAGCAACAAAUGGGAGAUGAAGUCUGAUAUUCCCAGAUAGGCUACUUUAUAUUUCUCCAGUAUUGUGUUCAUUAUAAAUGUAAAACAUGGGAACAAUUUUGCUUUUUUUUUAUACCAGUGUGACGAAAUCAUGACCAUUUUUAAAGUUUUUUUUAUUACUCAGGGAAGUUUUAGUAGGA